AUGAAGAUUGUUUUUCUGCUCCUCGCUCUCGGAGUCUUCUUCGCAUCGGCCAAAAAACAGUCGGUUCGAGUCAAAGGAAGACUUUUGUGCCGUGAGCUCCCGGAGCAGUACGCCGAGCUCCAGCUCAUUGACAAGUGGAUGCUUUUCCGUGAGUCUUCCACGAGUCAUAUGCCCUUCCUCACAACUAACUUCCAGCAAACACCGUCAUGGCCCGUGACAAGUUCUCCGACCCGUCCGGAUUCUUUGAAAUUGCUGGCUUCGUGGAUUCGAAAUUCGACGUGAAGGUCGCACUUCACAUCUGGCACCACUGUUACGAGCAUCCGGCCGAGCACAAGGAUCCCUGCCAACUGAAGAUCAAGGUGCCCAUCCCGCCGAUCUUCGUUCAGGACGGCGCCACUUCUCCGAAAGCCUGGGACCUCGGAGACAUCGCACUCGACACAUAUGAAUCCAAACUGACGUCGUGCGACUGA